ACCAAGUGGGCCGCGAAAAGAGUGAGUCAUGGCGGCGGCGGCGGCGGCGCUGCAGCUGCUGUGCCGGCCGUCGCUGAGCGCCGCGCAGCUCCGGCAGGUGCACGCGCAGCUGCUCACCUCGUCCUCGCCCCUCCUCGCCGACCGCUUCCUCCCAAACCAGCUCCUCCGCUCGCUGCACCCGCUCGGCACCCUCCGCCUCUUCCCGCGCCUCCGCAGCAUCCUCCCGGCCUUCCGACCAAACAACUACGCCUUCUCCUUCCUCCUCAAAGCUUCCGCCGACUCCCCAGGCUCCGACGUUGCGCGCCUCGUCUCCUCGCUACACGCCCUCGCAGUCGUCCUCGCCUGGGAAGCCCACGCCUACGUCGCCAACGGCCUCAUCCACGCCUACGCCUCCCACGGCCUCCUGCCCUCCGCCCGCCGCCUCUUCGACGGCGCUCUCUCCUCCCGCGCUGCCGACGUCUGCUCCUGGACGUCGCUCCUCACGGCCUGCGCCAGGGCCGGCCGGCUGGGCGAAGCGCGCGCCCUGUUCGACGGAAUGCCCCGCAGGAACGACGUCUCCUGGAGCGCCAUGCUCAGCGCCUACGUCGCCGCGGGCGGCUUCGCCGACGCCGUUCGGCUGUUCGAGGACAUGCUCAGGUCCGGCGCCCGCCCCAACAGGGCGGCGGUGGUCGGCGUGCUCACCGCCUGCGGGGCGCUGGGGGCGCUGGAGCAGGGCAGGUGGGUGCACGCCAACUGCUUGGUCGCCGCCCGUCGUCCCUGUGCUUCGGGACAUGCAGAUGAACGCGUUGGGGUCGGGGUCGGGGUCGGGAUGGACGGCGUGGUGACGACGGCGCUGGUGGACAUGUACGCCAAGUGCGGGAGCCUGGACGCGGCGAGGCAGGUGUUCGCCGCCGCCACGCCGGCGCAGCGCGACGUGUUCGCCUACACGGCCAUGAUCUCGGGGCUGUCGGACCACGGCCGCUGCCGGGAGGCCAUGGAGCUGUUCGGGGAGAUGCAGGCGGAAGGGGUGCGCCCCAACGAGGUGACCUUCAUCUGCGUGCUCACCGCCUGCGGCCGCGCGGGCCUCGUCGGCCGCGCCAGGGAGAUAUUCCGGAGCAUGGCCGCGGAGCACGGCGUGCAGCCGGGCGUGGAGCACUACGGGUGCCUGGUGGACGUGCUCGGCCGCGCCGGGCGGCUGAGGGAGGCCCUGGCCGUGGUGCGCUCCAUGCCGAUGAGGCCCGACUCGUACGUGCUGGGCGCGCUGCUGAGCGCGUGCGCGGCGCAGGGCGACGUCGACGUCGGCAAGCAGGUGGUGGAGUGGCUGGCAGAGCAGGGGCUCGACCACAGCGGGGUGCACGUCCAGCUCUCCAACAUGUACGCCGCCUGGAGCGAGUGGGAGCAGGUGGCCAGGGUCCGCCGCGCCAUGGACCAGAGGAACGUGGCAAAGGUGCCAGGCUGCAGCAUGCUGGAGGUGGACGGCGUCGCCUGCGAGUUCGUCGCCGGCGACCGCUCGCACCCGCGGAUGCGGGAGAUCAUGGCUGCCGUCACAGAAUUGCAUGGGCACCUCCGGCUCUUGGGAACAGCUACCCUCGAGGAUGCAUGGGCCUUUUUGCUUUGACGACACUGGUCGGAUUAUACUCAGCAAGCUAGCUUGCCAAUGGUUGCACCCUUGAACGGCAUGGCAUGGCGAGCGUGCGAGUAGCAGCUCCUUCCCUCCGUGGCGUGCGGUGUGCCUUUGCAACUUUUCAUCAGCUCUGAUUAAAAUUCAAUGUGCAAUUAAUAUAAUAUAAUGGUGUUAUCACGUCAAACGGCUCAUGUUGUACCAGGAUACUGAACGAGCUAUAAACCUAAUUCUGCUCAGCUGUUGUGCCUAAGAAGCAACAGGAAGCAAGCCGUUGUGCCUAAGAAGUGGCUCAGGUGAAGGCUCCCGUCCUCGGAAAGAAAUAAACACCUGCAGUCAGGUACAAGAGUGCAUUAGUUUCAAUUGCACAAAACUCAAACCAACCGAAAACAAAAUUGUACAAAUUGCAUUGCUUGCAACAGGAUGUAAACAAUCAGUCCUAGAUGGGAGAGCAUGCUAAGCCUUACCUCAAGUGGAGACUUUCCACCUCCAAGUGCAAGAACUGUGUCUCUGAAUCGUCUGCCAGUUUCCUCAAUUGCCUACUCAAAACAGGAGUUCAUAACAUUAUAAUUAUAUCAAUGUAAAUUGGUUGAGAGGAUGAAAAAAAAAAGUUGACCUC